UUGUGUUCCUGUUUUAUACCUUUGUCUUUAUCAACUCUCUUUCAACUCGGUACUUUAGCUGAAAAUUGGUCGUCCCCUAUCAAUAGAGCAAAGUUUUGAAAUAAAUGUCAAAUAAUUUCAGAGAUCAGCUGUAAACAUUUUUAUAGGUUAACUUUGCACUUACGAAAAGUAAUAAUAAAUUGCCUUUAAUUAAGCCUGAUAAGGGCUAAUCAUGGCACUGAAUAGACUGUUUUCUAAAUUAACCAUAGUACCAACAUUAGUCAAUAGAAGAGCCAUUCAUGUAUGUGCUACCAAUUUUGCGAGCAAACCAACUCUUCAAAAACCAAAACCAGGUUUUGGCAAAGCGUACAGGCGUAUUGUGCAUUUCCCUGAAGAGUAUACAGUUAAACCUCUAGCUGUUACUAACUUAGCUGGACGAGACCCUGAGACAGGCAGGUUAGUGGCCAAAGGUAUAGGCGGAGGUAUAAAACACAAGUAUCACUGGAUAGAUUGGGUCCGGGAUGGACCAAAAGAAGGGCCACCACAAGAAGAAAAAGUCAUUCAGGUGAUGGAAGACGGAUGCAGAACGGCGCACAUUGCCUUAGUAGCUGUGGGUGAUAAACUGAAAUACAUUCUAGCAACCGAGAACAUGAAAGCAGGAGACAUCUUGAAAACAUCACGUGACCUGCCAAGAAUUCCUGUACGUGCAAACGAAGGAGAUGCCUAUUUAUUAGGUGCAUUACCAACUGGAACUGUAGUCCAUUGUGUUGAGAAAGAACCAGGGCUUGGAGGCCUUUACAUUCAUGCAGCUGGGACAUACGGUACAAUUCUGAGAAAAGUCGACGAUAGAGUGAUCGUUCAAAUGCCAUCCAAACGUACUUUCAGCUUCAGUCAGUACUGCAUGGCAGUUGUUGGUCGCCUGUCUAAUGUGGACCAUGGCAGAACCCCGAUUGGGUCACCACAACGGAACAGAUGGUUGGGAAACCGCCCACGAUCUGGUCUAUGGAAAAGGAAAGAUGGCCGCCACGGAAGGAAGAUCAGGCCCCCAAAGCCCGUCAAACUUAUCUCACACCCAAACAAGUUUCCUCUUCCAGCAAUCACGCUGAAUAUGCAUCCUUAGAACUAUGUAGAUAAAUGUAAUGUGUAAUAAACUGUUAUUUAGAAUA